AUGGAUGAAGGUGAAGUUGGUCACGAUCUGAGCAGUGCCAGUAACUUGUCGACGGCUGGUCCAUCACAUCCGCAACAUGUCACAUUUUGCUUACCGUCAGUUCCAGCGAAGCCCAGUAACACGAUGAGGAGUACAUGCGUUACGAGGGUACAACCGAUUAAUCUCAAACAGUACUGGAAGGUUUGUUCGUUCGUUUGUUCGAUUGUUUUGAUUCGUUAA